GUCUAUUUUCAGUCCCUAAAUCGAUCAAGUUUUUAGAUUGAAAACACAUUUCCGAUUGAUGUCUAAUCUGCUUCUUGAAACAAGCAGUGUAAUCUGACUUUCUAUAUACAGUUAAGAUUGAUUUAUCAAGUGUAAAAUGACAACAGAAUAUUUACAAUUGAUUGCAAAAAUUUUCUUGCAACACCCCCAAGUCUCAUUUGAAACAAAGUCAUGAGGUUAUGUGAAAAAUUUAUAUCUAAAGCCAUGCGAUCGUAUAGAGGCACAGAGGUACAGAAUACCACCAUCGUCAUGGUUAUUGGUAUUAUAAUUAUUUGAUAUUUCAAUGCUCGGUGGAAUUUCCCCGUCACUUGAAUAGACUGCAUGGUAAAUAAUGUAAAAUUCGUUUACGAUGAUUGAAUCACAUUGUAAUAAGUGCACAACACUGUGGACACGGGGGAGGACUGAGACCAAUAACAUUGCCUUUAGAACGAAAUUAACUUCUGGAAUUAACGGAUAUAGACAAAGAGUUCCUGUCAUGGCUGAGGAGUUAAAAGACACGAUUACUCAGAGUCUGGAGUGUCCUGUUUGUCUGACUACCUUCACUGAUCCAAAGAUACUGUCUUGUUGCCACACCUAUUGCAAGGUCUGUCUGGAAAAGCUCUUGGAAUGCCAUGGUGAUGAUCAGAUGAUCCGAUGUCCUGUCUGCAAAGCUGAUACCCAGGUCCCAAAUCAGGAUGUCGGCCAACUACCGGCAAGCCUAGCUUUGAGGAAUCUUAUAGAGGACGUGAAAAAUCAACAUCAAAUUUGCACGAAUUGUGAUUCCGAGGAUAAGCCCAAAGCUGUUGUCUACUGCCAAGACUGUGGCAACUAUCUAUGUAUUACUUGCCACAAUAUGCACUCUCAGUGGAAAAACUUUGUCGAUCAUGAGAUCAUAGCCAUGAGUGAGAUCUCAUCAGGAAAGGUGUCAAUACGUAGAUACCGGAAAUGCAGGAAACAUCCGAAAGAAGAUGAAGAAUGUUUCUGUUCUAAUUGUAAGAGAUUCACAUGCUUCAGGUGUGCUGUUAUGGAACAUAAAGACCAAGGACACCAGGUCAUCGAGGCAGCUACGUAUGAAAGUAAUCACAUGAAGACCAUCGAAGAGCUUAAAUCCAAGGUGGAGAAGAAACAAUCUAGCUUUCAGAAUUACAUCGAUCUCAUCGAUGAAGAGCAGAAGUGUGUGGAUGAUGCUAUGAAGCAUUGCACAGAUGACAUCAACAAAGCAUAUGAUGAAGCAGUUCAGCAGUUGACAGAGAAGAGAGAAAUCCUUCUUGGUGAAGUCAAGGGAAAGACUAAAAGAGCAGAGAAUGCCCUUGAAGAAAUGAAGACAUCAGCUCGGCAGCGCAUCAAUCAGUUGACGACCAUUGCUGAGAUGGUAACCAAUAGGAGAAAUGCACCAGUAGACAUGGAUACUUUGGCUGUGUAUGACACUUUAUGUGAAGACCUACAAGAGGCCUUAAAUCAGGAAAAUCCUGAUUACGAGCAGCCGAAUAAAACAUGCGGGAAGGCGAAAAGUUCAAUUUUUGAGAGAAAUGUUGGAAAGGACGAGCUAGGUCUUGGAAAGAUUGUUAAUGAGAUUUUAAAGAGCAUUACUUUGCCUACUAAAGAUAGCAUGAAUGCCAUGGUAAACACACCAGAUGGUAGGAUGGCAGUAGGACGUGGUAAAGCACGUGGCGUGAACAUCUUCUCUGCUAAUGGUCGUCUCCAGAAGACAGUCCUCAAGGAUGUUAGUAUGUUUGCAUUGGGUUUCCUCUCUGAUGGUCGAUGUGUUGUAAUUGAUAUGUCAAACACUGUAGCACUGUACUCACAAGACUACACAAAGUUGAAUGUGAUGUUUAAGACUUUGAAUAAAGAUGAAGGUGGGGUUUCUAACCUCACUGUUGAUAGUGAUGAUCUGAUCUAUGUUAGCUACAGGAAACCCAAGAAGAUCCUGGUGUUCUCAUCAGCAGGUGGGAAGGCAAUCAAGGAGAUACCAUGCCACGGAUAUGUACCUUAGCAAAUCACUUCCUACAAUGAUUCACUAAUCAUUAGUACAGGUAAAACAGUACAUUUGAUAGACAAAGAAGGUGAUGUAAAACAUACAUUAUCCAAAGGAAGUAAUACUUUCCCCUUCGCUGCAGUGUCUCAAAGCAAUACAAUCCUGGUAGCCCAGGUGAACCACAAUGAAGGAUUGGUGAGCAUUGAGGAGUACACUGACGAGCUGAAGCACGUUCGGAACCUCGUUAAUGAGUACAAGAUUGAGAAGCCUACGAGAAAGUGGUAUUAUCUCCAGCAGUACCGAUCAGGAGAGAUCGCCUUCUGCA